AUGGACGUGGAGAUGGGUAGUCGUCGGUCCAAGGGUCUGAGUACCUUGGAAAAAUGUCUGAUAUGUCUCUUCGUAGCGAUGACCGGCACCUGCAUCGGCCUUGUGGUCGUCUACUUCGUUGAGAAGAAUGACUCUUCCACUCAUGCAGAAGGGCUGGACUCCGGGUGUGGGAGUCCUCAGGAGCUGUCUGGAGAGUCGGGCACCUUCACCAGCUUUAACUACCCCAGCAGCUACGACAAUGGAAAGAGCUGCACCUGGCAAAUAACUGUGGACCCUGACAAGGUGAUCCAACUGUGGUUUGAGGAAUUUUCUUUGGAGGAGACGCAGCUCUGCACAUCGGACUUCAUCACACUGCGAGACUCUCUAGGAAUCAUUGGUAAAUACUGUGGCUACACCAAACCGAAGCCGCUGGUGUCGCUUACAAACUACCUGACGGUGUACUUUGACACCAAUGACAGAAAAACAGACCAAGGAUUCAAGGCUCAUUACAAAGCUUUGGCUCCAGAGCUCGCACCAGAAAUAGCCGGAGCUGGUGGCUUUCUCCAAGGUGACCAGGGGGAUCUGAUGACCCCCGGCUUCCCAGAGCAGAACUACCAGAAUGGAGCACUUUACCAGUGGAGAAUCACGGUACCUGAAGGCGAGAGGGUUCGACUGACAUUCACUUCCUUUGACUUGGUCCCUGAGAUCUGUGGAGACUUUGUUCAUGUCUACGACGGCCACAUGGCCGGCUCUUCCUUAAUCAGUAAAUGCUGUGGGGGGACGAUGCCAAAGCCAAUGGAGUCCAGUGGGAACACAAUGGUGGUCCGCUUCAAAACGGACAACAGUAUGACUUCUAAAGGAUUCACAGCGACUUACACCAAGUCCAGCCUUCCACCUGUCGUUACUCCCACCCCCCCGUCCUCCACACCCAGACCCACACACACCUCACAAACUCCUCCACACACCUCACAAACUCCUCCACCUUCCACAACCUCUGGAGGUGAUGGUCCAGUGAUCCUUAAGGGGCGUAAGGGAGUGAUCCAUUCCUUGGGUUUCCCAAAUCCAUACCCUGCUCAUCUAAAGAGCUCCUGGAAGAUUUCUGUGCCCAAAGGAUUCCUGGUUAAACUGCAGAUCACUGACAUGGCCAUCACAGGAGAGAUUGGACAAUGCAAGGAGGACAAACUGGUCAUCUCAGAUAAAUACAGCACAUUAGGCACACACUGUGGCUACCUCCUCCCCCCCGUGGUGGUCAGUGCCACUGACACGAUAUCUGUCAUCUUCCAGUCUGACGGUCGCCUCACAGAUCGAGGAUUCUCUGCCAGGUGGGAAGCUGUGUAUCCUGAGGAUAUUGCAGAAAUCCAGGGUUGUGGCAUUUAUUCCAAAGAGCAAACGGGAGUCAUUAAGUCCCAGAACUGGCCUAUGAACUACAAAGCUAACACCGAGUGCAUGUGGAACAUCGCUUUGCCUUUGUGGAAGAAAAUCACACUUACGUUCACUCACUUUGACCUAGAAGCCAAAGAUUUCCUAUCAUCCAAAUGCUUUGAUAACAUAAUGGUGUACGACAUCAAUAGUGUGACUAAUGCGCUGAUACAAACGCACGGUCCAUUUUGUGGGACUAAGCUGCCUCCUACUAUCCAGACAAAAGGCAGCAGGCUGGUGAUUCGUUUCCAUGCAGACUUGUUUACUGAGUCCAAAGGCUUCCGGGCCUACUGGUCAACAAACUCCAGUUUGCCUGCUCCCACUGAGCCACCAGUACAGCCCAACCCCUGGGACAGCAUCCCCAUAGGUGGAGUAUCUAUUUGA